AUGCACUGCAAGAGUUCCAGCAGUCACCUCAUCGAUCUAGAUUUUGCUGACGACAUCUGCCUGCUUUCCGAUGAUAGAGAGCAGGCGCAAUAUCUCCUUUCUAGAGUUGAGCUUAUAGUUGAGAAGGUACUGCUGUAUGGCGGCGAGAGCUGGAGUCUUACAUCAUCCCUAGAAAAGUCUCUUGAUGGAUGCUACACGAGAAUGCUUAGGGCGGCACUGAACGUGAGCUGGAAAGAGCACAUUACCAACAUUGUGCUCUACAGCGGGCUCUCAGAAAUUACUGACAACAUUGCCAACAGACGAAUGAGUCUCGCCGGCCACUGCGUUAGACACAAGGAGCUAAAAGCCAAUCUGGACACGGACUUCGAUGCAGGUGGUCAGGUGUCCAUGGGACUGACAGCCACUACCGUAGUCUCACAGUGGACGUGGGCGGCAACCCUCCUCCAGUCAUCAGCGGUAGCCACAACGACGGGUAUCAGUGGUCCCUUCUGGUACGCCUCAGGUGCCACCAUCCCCCUCCUACUUUUCGCUACCCUGUCGGCCCAGAUGAAGACACGAGCCCCCGGAGCUAAGACCUUUCUGCAGGUCAUCAUGGCGAGAUUCGGACCAAGGACUCACCUGGUCUACUGCUUCUUUGCUCUACUGACCAAUGUUAUCGUGACGGCAAUGCUCAUGCUAGGCGGUUGCGCCGUGUUAACGGCCCUUGUGGACGGCCUGAGUCUGGAGCUGGCCGCGAUGACAUUAGCGGCUGUCAUCGGAGCCUACACGUUCAUCGGCGGGCUGGGCGCCACGUUCUACGUGUCCUACUUCAACACUUCCGUCAUGUUCGUGAUCCUGCUGAUAUUUCUCGUCAAGGUUUACCACGAUCCAACCGACAGCCCGGACAACCCCCUCGUAGGAUCAGUAGAGCGAGUCUACAAUUUGUUGUCCUGUUCCGAAGGGCCCGCCGACAACUGGCAGAAGAGCCACCUGACAUUCCUAUCACCGCCCAGUAUCAUGUUCGGCAUCGUCAACAUUGUGGGAAAUUUCGGCACGGUCUUUGUGGAUCAAUCGUACUGGCAGAGCAGUGUGGCCGCCAAGCCCCGUCAGGGGAUGUGGGGGUUCCUGGUGGGCGGCAUGGUGUGGUUCGCCAUCCCCUUCACCUUCUCGACAACCAUGGGUCUUGCCUACACGGCUCUCAGCACCAGUAAAGGUCAACCUCUCUUGACAGACGAUCAUGUCAAUCAAGGAUUGGUAUCUCCCAUUGUCGCUAAGGAGCUGAUGGGUUCGACGGGCGGGGUUCUGAUGGUCCUACUCAUCCUGAUGGCCGUGACCUCCACGGGGUCAGCUGAGGUCAUUGCCAUCACCUCCAUCAUCGUCUACGACUUGUACCAGAUCCACCUGAAGCCCUACCGUAGCUCGGCCGAUAUCAACAGCUGUCUGCUGUGCGGCAAAUCGCGGGGACGGAUGGCUAAUAAGAGAGAUAUGUGCUCGUGCUGUAGCAUGGGCAACUGCACGUCAUGCGUAGCGGAUAACAGGUCCCGAAAGGAAUGCAAGCGCGCCCUCAAACCGACCUACAAGUGCAAGACGCACGGCCCCUAUCGCACCUAUCUGGAAUUGCUGAAAGUUAAGCGAGACUGGGCGAUACUGUGGGUAUCUAUCGCCAUCAUCCCACUGACUUUAGUCUUCAAUAUCUUACAGGUAACUCUGAGCGGCGUGUACUCCGCCAUGGGUGUGUUCAUUGGCUCCUCUGUCGUUCCUCUCGUCCUCGGAACCUUUUGGACGCGCCUGACCAGUAAGGCUAUGGCCAGCGGCGCCCUCAUCGGCAUGGUUCUUGGUAUCACGGCCUGGUUGGUGUCCGCUUCACUUUUGUAUCAGAAGUUUGAUAUUUCGGCAUUCAUGACGAAUUCAGAAGAUAACAAUUUUGAGUUGAGCAUGCUCAUCGGUAACUGCACAUCACUUCUAUCCGGGGGCCUUAUCGCAGUGGGCGUGACCUACCUCACCAAACACCCCCUCUCGCAGCAGGAGAGGAAAGAGAUAUGGGAGAAGACACGAGAUAUUGACAACCCACUCUCACCGUGGACGGAGUUAUACGUCAAGGAAUUCAACAUCACGGAUAUGAAGCUGGUCUACAACCGACCUUCCCUAGAACAAAUGCUGCAGGAGUUCAAGCUGGCCAGAUACACAACCCUGGCCAUCGGCCUGGGAAUCACCGUCCUCAUGGUGCUGAUCUGGCCCGUCAUCAUGACGGCGCUUUUCACCCUGAACAAGAACCAGUUCCAGCAUUGGAUCAACCUGACCGACACCUGGGCCUUCACGGCCGCCAUAUUCAUCAUCGUCGUGCCUUUGGCCACGGAAGUGACGGAUAUCGUGCGCCAGUUUAAACAGUUGAGGGCGCGUGUGAGGGUAGCGCCCUCCAUCAGCGAGACGCCCGAGUCGCCCGUGGCCGAGGCUCGGGCCUGACAUGAGCUUGAAGAGACUCUGCAACCGUACAGAGAGGGAACAUGCGUCCCGGAAAUGUCGGGUGAAUGAUUAAAGAAUAGAGCCAUGAUGAUUAUGAUACUUAUCGGUCAAGAUAAGUAAUUACAGGUUGAUGAAACAGAUGGUGCCCGGACUGUCUUUGCUUGUACGGGUUCGUUUCAGUGGUUUUAAGCAGAUCGCUGGUAAAUACCAGCAGGUACCAGACGCAGAAUCGUGUGAUGGAAUCAGAAAGGUUGUGGUUGACCGCUAGUGCGGUGCUUAUAUGUACAUGUACUUGUUUCAUUACCUUCAACCUCACCGAAUGCGACGCUUGCCAGAAAGUUGCGACACAUCUCUCAGGCGAUUCCUAACAUUAACAGCGCCCCAUGAGAUCGCGGGCACCGAUAUAGACGAAGCCUACAAUUUGUAGCAAACGCUUUUCAUUGUCACGUAUGGGUAACAUCCAGCCAAGAUAUCUCCCGUCCUCUGAAUUGCAAUUCAUGGGUAAAGGAAAGGGAUAAAGAAACCAAUGUGCCACGCCCAGUGCCCCACUGAGUACCGAUGGAUGUAACAUCCUGGUAUAAAAACUGCACACUUUUGUCGUUGCAUUAGCAGCUUUAUGCUGGCAGAUUUCAUAGAGCUAAAGGCUCUGUGACCACAGACAUGUGGUCAUUCAGCUGGUUUGUUUUUAUUCAAUUUAUUGGUACUCUUAGCCUUUCUUAUGCCAAGGAUUUACACUAUCAAACCACGCUAGAUGUGAUUUUCUAUACGAAAAGGGAAGGGGGAUCUGAAAUGAAUGGUUUUGAUCGAAGCGCCCCAAAAUCCGGAGCAUAGUUGUUUCACUUUAACAGGCGACUGUUUUUAUGAAGUAUGGAAUUUCAUCUUCACCCUGGUUGUCUGCACAGCGGUAACGGAAUCCUUCUAAUGAAGGUAUAUUCAGUACACUUCAACACUGCACAAGUUUAAUUAACCAUGAUAUAGGCUAGUCAAUUAUAAUAACACGGUUACCUCUAAACAAAAUGAUUUA